AUGCGUACAUCAGUAAUAAAGAGAACACUUUCUAAAAUGCCAGAAAUACCAAAAGAUCUUCCAAGACAUAUAAGCUUCAUGAGGAGUCGUAUGGACCUAGGUGGUGGUGAUAUGGACUGGUUACGAGGAAAAGUUCAUUUAAAACCAGAAGAUCAAUUGCAAUUAACAGAAGCAGAAUUACAAGAAGAAUUUGUAAGAGUCCUAACUAUACAUAACACAAGAAUUCCAGAUGCUUUAGUUGAAUGGUCAUGGAAAUUGAAGAAAUUCAUAAUAUUGCCUCCUCCACCACAUUUAAUAACUCUUCUAAGUGUACCUGGAUCAAUAUUGCAUAAAGAUUCUGAAGAAGCCAAAAUACAAUUAGCAGGAGGACUUGUUGUUGAAACACCAUUUGAAGAACCUAUAUUACGUGUAGAUGAAGAAGAAAGAGAUGAGGAAGAGGAAGAGGAAGAGGAAGGAGAGGAAGAGGAAGAAGGAGAAGAAGCAGAAUAUGAACCUGAACAUGAAAUUGAACCAGAUGAAGAAGAAACAGAGAAAGUAAAACCAAAAAAGAUACCAAAUCAAUUUAAUUUUUGUGAAAGAGCUGCUUUAACUUAUACUAAUCCUAUGCGUGAAAUGAGUACUCAAACAAUACCACCCCCAACUGCAACGUUUAAUACUCAUGUUUUUCAAUGGACAAUCUUUGAUGAAUAUCAGGAAGAUUUUGCUCAACAACAACGUGAAAAAGAAAAAGAAAGAAGACUUCCCCUUCUACAACUGAAAAAGGAGGAGCUAAAAAAGAAAACUCAGAAAGAAUCUAUGGCAUUAACAUGUAGAAUGUUACAAGCUGCAAAAACAUUAGAACGAAUGGUGAACCAAAAUAUUUUUGAUGAAAUAGCUCAAGACUAUAGAUAUUGGGAUGAUCCAAGUGAUGAAUUUAAGAGUGGAGAAGGUUCAUUAUUACCCUUAUGGAAAUUUAGUUAUGAGAAAACCAAGAAACAUGAUGUUACAGAUUUAUGCUUCAAUAGCAGAUAUUAUGACUUAUUUGCAGUUUCAUAUGGAACAAUGUCAUUUACUAGUUUGAUCACAGAUGGAACAGUGUGCCUAUUUAGUUUAAAAAAUCCAUCAUAUCCAGAAUGGAUUUGUCCAACAGAAUCACCAGUGAUGUGUUUAGAUUUCAGCAAACAACAUCCACACCUUUUAGUUAUUGGUACUAUGGAUGGUGCUGUUGCUGUUUACAAUGUAAUGUUACCACCAACAGCUCCUCAAUACAGGAGCAAUGAUGUUAUUCAAAAACAUGGAGGUAUUGUGUGGGAGGUACAUUGGGCACCAGACACAGAAGAAGGUAAUUUGGCAUUCUACAGUGUCAGCAUUGAUGGAAAAAUAAACUACUGGAUAUUAAAUCAAAAUGAUCUUGGUUUAACAACUGUGAUGACUCUCUUUCUGGACAGACCACCAAUACCUGGACCAGAUGGUACUAUGAUUACACUUAAGGGUUGUGGAACAUGUCUAGCAUUUCACCCUGCAGAUCAAAAUGUAUUUCUGGUUGGAACAGAAGAAGGAACAAUUUAUAAAUGCAAUACAGCAUACAGUAGUGUUUAUAUGAAAACGUAUAAUGAAGCACACAAUAUGCCAGUCUAUAGGAUAGUAUUCAAUAAGUACAAUUCUAGUAUAUUUGCAAGUUGUUCUGGUGAUUGGAGAAUAAAGAUAUGGGAAGAUGAUAGAAUGGAACCCCUAUUUAUGUUUGAUCUUGGUGUUCCAAUUGGAGAUGUUCAAUGGGCACCAUAUAGUUCAACAGUAUUAGCUUGUGUUUCAAAUGAUGGGAAAGUUACAGUAUUUGAUUUGAAUAUAAAUAAAUAUAGACCGAUAUGCAGUCAACCAGUUGUUAGCAGAAAAAAAUAUAAACUAACUAGACUUGCAUUUAAUAAUAAAUUACCAUUUAUUAUAGUAGGUGAUGAUAAAGGUACAAUAAAUACAUUGAAACUGUCACCAAAUCUCAGAUUAAAAGUAAAACCAACCAAGAAGCAACUUCAUUUAACACACAGCGAAUUAGAAAUUAUGAAAUUAGAAAGAUUACUAAGUUUUGUACGUGAACCAACUAUUUUAUCACCACCAAAAGAUACAAGGAUAGUUGCUUAA